GUGAAAGUUUACCCGAGGUCUAGUACGCAAUGCGGCAAGUCAACGUCCAUGCUGCAGAUCAGUGGAAAACAGUUGGGGAGCAAUGAGAAGAUUCAAAUCCCAUACACAUAUUCCGUUACAUUUGUGGAGAACAACACGACGAAGUGGGGCUCUCGUUGGGAUCACCUGCUCGAGUCUGGACCGGAUUCGAACAUCCAGUGGUUCUCAAUUCUCAACAGCCUCGUGAUCGUCCUAUUCCUGUCUGGAAUGGUGGCGAUGAUCAUGCUGAAAACGCUGCACAAGGACAUUGCGAGGUACAAUCAAUUGGACGCUGGCGGCAGCAGUGACGACGCCCAGGAAGAAUUCGGGUGGAAGUUGGUGCAUGGCGACGUUUUCCGGCCGCCCAGGAAAGGAAUGCUGUUGGCAGUCUGGGUCGGGUCUGGUGUCCAAGUUUUCCUGAUGACGCUCAUCACCUUGGUGUUCGCGUGCUUGGGAUUCCUGAGCCCUGCGAAUCGAGGAUCAUUGAUGACUUGUGCCCUGGUAUUGUACGUGUGCUUGGGUACACCCGCGGGCUACGUGUCUGCCCGACUUUACAAGAGCUUUGGCGGGGAAAAAUGGAAGUCCAACGUGUUGCUGACUGCGAUGCUCUGUCCAGGGAUUGUUUUCGGAGUUUUCUUCAUCCUCAACUUGGUGUUCUGGGUCAUGGAUAGCUCGGCUGCUGUUCCGUUCACUACUCUCUUGGCGUUGCUUUCGCUGUGGUUCGGAAUUUCCGUGCCAUUGACUUUCGUUGGAGCUUAUUUCGGCUUUCGACGACGUUCAUUGGAAUAUCCGGUGCGGACGAAUCAGAUACCGAGACAGAUUCCAGAACAGAGUGCGUACACACGUCCGGUGCCAGGCAUCGUUAUGGGCGGCAUUUUGCCAUUUGGGUGCAUUUUCAUCCAACUUUAUUUCAUUCUCACAUCAUUGUGGUCAAGCCAGCUGUUCUACAUGUUCGGCUUCUUGUUCCUGGUUUUCAUCAUCUUGGUUAUCACGUGCUCGGAAACGGCCAUUUUACUUUGCUAUUUCCAUCUCUGUGCUGAG